AUGGCCACAGAGGCGUGCAUGAAGGAACGAGACGAGAGCAUGCCUAGCUUUGGCAAAAUCAACGUGCAGGACAUUGUUGACGUUCGAAAGUGCAUGCACUCUGUGGUCAACGAGCUGCACGUACCAAAAUUGCUCGACAUGUUUGAUCAGGAUCGUGCGGUUGCAAACGCGCCCAACGGAUUGAUCGAUCUUCGAGCGGGGGUGCUCUUGCCCCAUCAUCCUCAAGACCUCUGCUACAAUCAGACGAGCGAGUACAUACCCGGCGCUUCAUUGCGGCCCACCUCCAAAUUCCGGACGUUUCUGAUGGAAGUUCUCCCACCGGAUGCAAUUGAUUGGCUCCAGAUGUUUCUGGGAUAUUGCCUCACCGGCGAGACGUCGGAAGAGCUUUUUGUCAUUGCAAACGGGUUGUCUGGAAGCAAUGGAAAGGGAGUGUUGAAGCAAGCACUCCGGAAGGCAUUCGGAAGCUACAAUUGCGCCGGGAACAAGGCCAUAUUCAUCAAGCCAACGUUCAAGGCAAACGCUUCCGCAGCAUCAACCCAUCUCAUGCAGAUUCGGACCAAGAGGCUUGUGACAAACGAUGAAUCCGAAGGGGUUGAAGAGCUCCAUGCAUCGUUUGUGAAGGAGGCAAGCGGCGGCGGCGAGCUCGAUGCGCGCGAACUCUUUUGCAAGCCACAAAACUACGUUCCCCAAUUCAAGCUGUGUCUCUUCACCAACUUCAGGCCCCACUUUCCAAGCGACGAUACCGCCUUGAUCCGACGGAUUGUGCUCAUCAUGUUCAACUAUACAUUCAAAAGUCCUGACGAGCUCGAUGCUUCCAAUAGGUGGCACAAGCCCAUCGAUCUGAGUCUUAAACCCUACUUUGAGUCGGACGAGGGGGCCGCAGACACUCUGGACUUUUGCGUUCGAGGGGCGAUCAUGUACUAUGCCAAGAAGGCGCUUGCACCCACUGCAAGGGUCCUGUCUCCAAUCCCCGUGGCAUUCAAAGCGGCAGCAGACGAAUACGCCGGAGAGAAUGACAAGCUUCAAGCGUUCAUAGACGAGACAGAGGAGGAACUUAGGGCCGAAGAGAAUUGA